UAGACUAUUUGUCGAAAGAACGCGUAACAUGAAGUAUUUAACCAUCGCUUUGGUGGUGGCCAUUUUUGGUUUGGCCACUGUAACGGCUGCCAGCCAAAAAGUACGUUACGAUAACCAUCACGUCUAUCAAUUGCAAGCUGAAACUAAGCAACAAUUGGAGGUUCUUAAGAAUUUGGAAGGAGCUGAUAGUUCUUACAUUUUCUUGGAUGGUGUACACUAUUUGAACUCAAAGAUUCAUGUUGUUGUAGCACCCCAAAGUGUUCCUAAAUUUGUUGAAACUUUAGUUAAGAACUCGGUGCCUUAUACACUUGUGGAUACUAAUGCUCAAGCUUCUUUGGAAGAUGAUAUUGUAGCUGAUCCCAAGAGACGUACUGGUGACUAUACCUGGGAGGAAUAUCAUGAAUUGGAAGAUACCUACAAUUGGUUGCACUCUUUGGAAGCUAAAUACCCUAAUGUGGUUUCAUUAUUUGUAGCUGGUAAAACUUAUGAAGGACGUGAUAUUUUGGGUGUUAAGAUUUCCUAUGGACCUGGUAAGAAAGGCAUCUUCUUGGAAGGUGGUAUGCAUGCUCGUGAAUGGAUUGGCCCUGCCACCACUACCUAUAUACUCAAUCAAUUGUUGACCAGUGAGAAUAAGGAAGUACGCAUGAUUGCUGAAAGUUUCGAUUGGUAUAUUAUUCCUCAUGCAAAUCCUGAUGGUUAUGUCUUCACUCACACCACCAACCGUUUAUGGCGUAAGACUCGUACUCCUUAUGGUGAGUGCUUCGGUGCUGAUCCCAACCGUAACUGGGACUUCCAUUGGAAUGAAAUUGGUGCUUCUGACAAUCCCUGCACUGAUACCUAUGCUGGUCCUUCGGCAUUCUCCGAAAUUGAAACCAAAUCAUUGUCUGACUUCAUUGCUACUGAAUUGAAGGGUAAAAUCUUCUUGUUUGUUUCCUUCCAUUCCUAUUCGCAAUUGUUGUUGUUCCCCUAUGGUCACACCGGAGAAUUGCCACCAAAUUAUAGCGAUUUGAAGCGUGUAUUUGAUGUUGCCAUCGAUGCUGUCUCUCAACGUUAUGGUACCAAAUAUACUGGUGGUAAUAUUUAUGAUGCCAUCUAUCCUGCUGCUGGUGCUAGUCUCGAUUGGGCUUAUGGUACACAAGGUGUUAAAUAUGCCUAUUGCUAUGAAUUGCGUCCUUCUUCGACUGCUUUCUGGACUGGUUUCAAAUUGCCUGCUUCACAAAUUAUUCCCACUGGUGAAGAAACUAUGGAUUCUUUAAUGGCCAUGAUCAAGGAAGCUGGUAUUACAAAAUUCAUGUAAAUUUUUUAAUUAAAAUAAAUACGAAUAUUUUUUAUACAAAAUUUUUCUAAAA